CUCCAUGCCUAAAUCAACUCUCUCUCUUCAUUGGAUCUGAGGCUGAAGCAGUUUCGUGGAAACCUUGAACCAAAAGGUUCCCUUUUUCUUUUUCUAUUUUUAUAAAAUCUAAAACAGGAAUUAUGGGAUUAAUAUAAAAUCUGAAGGCAGCCCAUCUCACAGAAUCGAACAGGCAACAAUGGGUCGAUCUUGCUUUCUCAGACUUGUCCUUGUCUCUGCUCUUCUUCUCAUCUUCUUCUCCACUGGUCGACAGGGGAGAAACCUACGGACUGCCGAGUUGUUCGAAGCCUCAAGUACCGAGCUACGGUCGGAGGAAGAGAACGGGAGAGGGGCGAUGGAGGUGAUGGACUAUGGGGAAACUGGCCCUAACACUAACUGGAACGGCUACGUCGUGGCUCCUCCUCCUCUACCCCCUUUUUAGAUUCUUCUUCUUCAAUGUUUGAGUUUUAUUUCCUAUAUAUAUAUAUAUAUGUAAUAUUUAAAAGCGAACCAAAUAAUAAUAUGUAAGCUUAUAUGUGUCGUAUAAUGUUUCUGUUUGCGAAGAUCAGAAAUUUGGUUGGGCUGUCCAAAUGAACAUCCCUAACAACAAAAAGAACGGCGACCAGAUCGGUUAAAGAUGAAAAUACCCUAAGAAAAUGUGCAGAGAAAAAAAAAAGCUUUGGUAACAUGAGAGAGGGUGCAG